CUCAGCUCUGGGUUCUCUUGGCAACCGCUCAGCAGAUCUCUUGGCAACCGCUCCACAGAGAGUCCCUGGAGACGGCUACGGCCUGCUGGUGGGGUCCGCUGGGGUCCGCUGCGGCCAGUAUUUUGUAUUAUGACUUCUCAAGAGAAGACAGAAGAGCAUCCUUUUGUGGAUAUAUUUAAUGAAGAUGAAGCUGACAAAAACUUUAUGUUGUCUAAACCUGUUUGCUUUGUUGUAUUUGGGAAACCAGGGGUUGGUAAGACAACAUUAGCCCAACAGAUAACACAGGCAUGGAAGUGUAUUCGCGUAGAAGCUUUACCAAUUUUGGAAGAACAGAUUGCCAGUGACACUGAAUCAGGAGCUAUGUUGCAGUCGAUGCUGAUCAGUGGCCAAAGCAUUCCAGAUGAACUUGUCACAAAGCUAAUGUUGGAGAAGCUCAACUCCCCAGAAGUCUCUCACUUUGGCUAUAUUAUCACUGAAAUACCGUCACUUUCACAGGAUGCCAUGACUAUUUUCCAGCAAAUAGAAUUAAUUAGAAAUUUAAAUUUGAAACCUGAUAUUAUAAUCAAUAUUAAGUGUCCUGACUAUGAUUUAUGCCAAAGAAUUUCGGGGCAAAGGCAGCACAGUAGUACAGGAUACAUAUUCACAAGAGAUCAGUGGGAUCCUGAAGCUAUUGAGAGUCGUAGGAGAAAGAAGGAAGAAGCCCAAAAGGAAGGAAAAGGAGAAGAGGAAAGGGAAGAGGAAGAAGAGCAAGAGGAAGAAGAGGCAUUUAUUGCUGAAAUGCAGAUGGUGGCUGAAAUUCUUCAACAUCUAGUUCAGAGGCCUGAGGAUUAUUUGGAAAAUAUCGAACACAUUGUUAAAUUUUAUAAGGAAAUAAUUCUUCACCCUUUAGAAGAAGUAAUGGCUGAACACGAUUCCCAGUAUCUCAUUGAGCUAGACGGAAAUAAGCCCCCAGAGGAGCUCUUCAUGACAGUUAUGGAUCGACUUAAAUAUCUGAACCUAAAAAGAGCAGCUGUUUUAACCAAACUUCAGAGUGCAGAGGAAGAAAUUAAUGACACGAUGGAAAAUGAUGAGCUGUUCCGUACUCUUGCAGCUUGUAAACUUAUUGCACCGAGAUACAGAUGGCAGAGAAGCAGAUGGGGACAUACAUGUCCGGUGACUUUAAAAGAAGGUAAAAUUUUUCAAGGAUUGCCAGAAUUUUCUGUGAGUUUUCUAGGUAAAAUAUACUGGCUUUCAUCAGAAGAAGCAUUAAAAACAUUUUUAUUGAACCCACGUCCCUAUCUUCUUCCACCUAUGCCAGCACCACCAUUUAAAGUGUUCAUAUUUGGACCUCAGUCUUCAGGGAAAACAACACUUAGCAAUCUGCUUGCAAAACAUUACAAAGGAAAGGUAGUUGACUACGAUAAACUUGUCCAACCACGUUUUGAUAAAGCCCUCGAAACGCUAACCAGAAAUACUAUAGCUGAGGCCACUGAAGCAGCCAUUAAAGCUGUGAAAGAGCGGCUUCUCUCAGAACUACAAGCUAAAAAACAAGAUGAAAAAGAAACAAGUAAAAUGUCUACACUUCAAAGAAGUCAACAAGACUCUAGUCAAGAUCUAAUGUUGGAUUCAAAAAAAGAUGUAAUAGAAUAUGUGAUAGAGGAGGUAACUGCAGAUCAUCCAGAAGUUCUUUCCAUAAUAAAGGAGACGGUUGAAAUGGCAAAGGACAUGAACUUUGAACAGCCACAUGAAAAAAUUGCUGAAAUCUUAGACGAAGUUCUCCAAGAGGUAGUUGAAGAAAAUAAGAAUAGGUUUUAUGGUGCCCCAAAAUAUGGAGGAUGGAUACUGGACAACUACCCUAUUAUGAAAGAACUGUGGCUGGUCUUAGUCGACAAAGGAAUUCUACCCGAUUUAGUCAUCUGUUUAUCAGACACAGAAAACAAUGGAAAAUAUUUAUUUAAUAGACUGUAUUUAGAGAAUAAACAAGAAAUUGACUCUAAGAUUUUAGAAAGGUUAUUGGAUGAACUACUAAAGAAAAGAAAAGAGGAAGAAGCGGCAAGAAAAGCCGAAGAAGAGACAUUGAGAAUAGAAGAAGAAAAUCAAAAGCUAUUGGAAGCUAUGCAUGCGAAAGCAAAAGAAGCAGAAGAAACUGAGGCUGACGAGGAGAUUGAAGGUGAGGAGUCUGAACUUCACGAAGGGUCUGAGGCCCCUGAGGUAGCCGAGGAGACCAGGGCGUCCUCACCUGAGGAGGCUGAAGCUUUCGAGGUCCCUGAAACAGAACAUGAAUCAGUGUCUGAGCCUACCGAGGAUACUACAGUUGGAACAGAAAUUCCAAAAGGAUCCAAAGAGGGACUAGAAACUAAAGAAUUAUCUGAAACAGUUGUACUACCUGAGUUUCCAGAAGACGCUUAUCCUGAUGUUCCUGAAAUGGAGCCAAUUAAAGAGAGUGUCAGAUCUUUCUACUACACCUGGAGGCAGAUGGAAACAGCAAUCAGUGACUCUGUUACUCAAGUUUUAAACUUGGAGAUUGCUGACAAAACUCCAGAGGAACUACUUCAAAAAGUCGUUGAGGCCAUGGAAAAACCUUUCCACUAUGCUGGCUGGGAGUUAACUGUGGACGAUUAUGAUGAAGAAACAGAAGACUAUCAGGCUGAGGCCGAAGGUGAUGAGGAGCUAGAAGAGGAGGAGGAGGAAGAGAAUGAAGAUAGAAUUAGAGAGAAGAGAAGGCAUUUGGGAGAUACAAAGCACUUUUGUCCAGUGGCUCUCAAAGAAAACUUCAUCCUACAACCAGGCAGCACAGAAGAAGCAGCUAAAUAUCGAGAAAAGAUCUAUUACUUUUCAAGUCCUGAGGCUAAAGAAAAGUUUCUGGAGCAACCUGAGGAGUAUGUGGCGCAUGAUGAACCAUUAAAGGCUCCUCCAUUAAGAAUAUGCCUUUUGGGCCCCCAUGGCUCUGGCAAAACUGUAUGUGGAAGACAGUUGGCAGAAGAAUUGGGCAUUUUUCAUAUCCAGUUUGAAGAAUUUCUUCAAGAAAAAUUAAUGCUUAAAACUGAGAAGAAAGUUGGACCUGAAUUUGAGGACGAUUCUGAGGAUGAACAAUUAGCAAAACAAGAACUUGAAGAGCUUGCAAUUCAGGCCAAUGUUACAAUUGAGGAAGAAAAUACAAAGAAGCUGGAAGUACAGCUUACAGAAGAAGAAGAAGCAAUCAGAUUAAAUCUAACAGAAAAUGAGCCAUUGCCUCCCGAAAUCCUUGAAGCAAUUCUCUCUGAGUGGUGGUUUAAGGAACCCAUACGUUCCACAGGUUUUGUAUUAGAUGGUUUCCCGCAAUAUCCUGACGAGGUCCAGUUUCUGGGGAAAUAUGGGUUUUUCCCAGAUGCUGCUGUUUUUAUACAAAUUGAUCAUCAAGAUGUUUCUGAUCGCCUCCUUCCUACCCAAAUUGGAAAGUGGAAAAUGAAACAAAAGAAGAAAUUAGAAAGGAAAAAACUCAUCAAAGAAAUGAAGGCAAAAAUCAAGGAUGACAUGAUUUCUAAAAGAAGGGCUGAACUUAUAAUAGAGAGAGAGAGAAAAAGGAAAGAAGAGGAAACUGUCAGACAAGAUGAAGACAUGAGCGAGGAAGAACCUGAAGAUGAGGAAGAUGAUAUUGACAACAUCCUUGAUGAAUUUCCAAAAGAUGAGGAAGUGAUGAGUGAGGAAGAUGAAGAGCAGGAAAUUGAUGCGGUCGAACGCCUGAGAGGUGAACUGAGAGAAAAAUUUGAAGCAGAUACGAAUAAUUUACAAAUAAUACAGGAAGAAUUUGAGAAGUUUUUGAUACCAGUAAUUCUCAUUAAUGGAGCUCGGAAAACCCACAUUGUACAAUACAUAUUGAAUAUGAAACUGAAACCGCUGGUGGAGAAUCGUGCAAGCAUUUUCGAGAAAUGUUAUCCAAUAUCAUCCCGCCUUGCCCAGAAAAUGCUCAGCUUUACCUACAAGUAUAUAAGCUCAUUUGGCUACUGGGACCCUGUAAAGCUAAGUGAAGGAGAGACAAUCAAGCCAGCUGAAAAUUCAGGGAAUCUACUUCAUCCUGUAAUCCAUCGUCAGUAUAUUUAUUUUUUAUCUAGUAAGGAAACUAAAGAAAAAUUUAUGAAGAACCCAAUCAAAUAUAUCCGCCAACCCAAACCUAAGCCUACUAUGCCCAUUAGGAUUGCACUUCUGGGGCCUCCAAAAUCUGGGAAAACUACAGUUGCCAAAAAAAUUUCAAGUGACUAUGGCUUAAAGCGUUUGUCAAUAGGAGACGCUCUGCGUUAUGUAUUAAACCACCAACCAGACACAGAGCUGGCACUUAUGCUAAAUUGGCAUCUUCAUAAAGGAAUGACAGCGCCUGAUGAACUGGCUGUUCAGGCCUUAGAAUUAUCUCUGAUGGAAAGUAUAAGUAACACUGCAGGUGUUGUCAUUGAUGGAUACCCUGUAUCUAAAUAUCAAGUGAGUCUCUUGGAAGCCAGGUCAGUCAUCCCCAUGGUCAUCUUUGAGUUGGAUGUGCCUUCCAAAGAGAUUUUCAAAAGAUUGCUCCUGGAAAAAGAAAAGGAACCAAGUUUGCCUUAUCCAUUGCAUAACAGCUCACAGAUUAUAGCUGUCAAGAACUCAAAGUACCGCAAAAAUAUUGAUGAGAUUAGGCAAUAUUAUCAAGAACAACAUCAGAACUGGUAUGUGAUUGAUGGCUUUCGCAGCAAAUGGUGGGUAUGGAAUGAAGUCAUUAAGAAGGUUAAAAUGGUGAAUAAACACAUACAGAUAUACCUGGGAAGAAUAAAAGCAGGAAAAGCCGCCUGCAUUGACAAGUUAUGUAUCUCACCUGAAGAACUGAUUUCUCGCCUUGGCGAAUUUGGACAGUUCUGCCCUGUCAGCCUGGCAGAAUCACAUGAAUUAGUUGAUUGCUCUUUAACUGAUUCCUUGGAAUUUGCAGCAGAGUUCAGAGGGCACUAUUAUAAAAUGAGUUCUCAGGAGAAGUUGAAUAGAUUUUUGGAGAACCCCGAAUUAUACGUGCCUCCAUUAGCACCUCAUCCUCUCCCGUCUGCCGACAUGAUGCCCAAAAGGCUGACACUGUCGGAGCUGAAGAGCCGGUUCCCUAAGUGUGCCGAGCUCCAGGGCUACUGUCCAGUGACCUAUCAGGAUGGCAAACAAAGAUACGAAGCCCUAGUACCUGGUAGCAUUCACUAUGCUUUAGAAUAUCGUGAUCGUAUAUAUAUCUGUGAGAGUAGAGAAAAACUUGAGAAAUUUUUGAGGUCACCACUGAAAUACUGGGAUCAGAAGCUUCCUUACAAACUUCCCCCGUUAAAGGAACCGAUGUAUCUCACUAGUCUGCCUUUGCCUGGAUAUCUCGAACAGGGUAUCGCAACUGCUCUAAUUAAAGCCAUGAAUGCAGCAGGAUGCUUAAAGCCCAAAUUCCCCUUCUUAAGUGUACAGAGAUCUGCGCUACUCUAUAUAGCAUUUCAUCUAAAAGCCUUUAAUCCCAAAGGUUCUGAGUACACAAGAAAAAAAUAUAAGAAGAAGAUGGAGCAGUUUAUGGAGAGAUGUGAACUCAUUACAUACCUGGGUGCCAAGAUGACCAGAAAAUACAAGGAACCUCAGUUUAGACCCAUUGACUUCGAUCAUAAAUUACAGACCUUUCUCUCUCUUAGAAAUAUAGACCCAGUCAAUGGAUAGAAUGCUUGGGUAACUGCACCCAGAAUCUUAAGAGUUACCUGAAAGGGAUAAAAAGCAAAUAGAUUGAAAAUCUGGCCCUCCCUGACGUACUUUUCCCUCCUGAGUGAUACAACACGGCUGCGAGACUUCAAAUGAAUUCAGACCUCUGCCAGCCAGGAAGGAGUGCUCUUCUGUAAGCCUACGUUUUCAUAUAAUUGUAAAGUUUAUUGCUCUUUGCCUGAACUUUGAGGUUUUAACAAAAGUUAUUCCAUUUAGAAUUCCAUUUAGAAUAUUUAGGUAACUUAUUUUACUUAAUGAAUCUACUGUUCAUUUUCCUUUUUAAUAUUUUCAGCAGAAAAGUCAGUCUCUGUUAAAUGUAAAGUCAUUUAUGCAGUAAAUGUUAGAAAGCUUCAAGAAACAAAAUUAACAUGGAUAUAAAUAAAAUAGAAAUAUUGGUUACACUUUUAACAUAGGGAGUUGUUGGUAAACUUCGUGAACCUAAAGAUACUUUAUCAUUUUCCCAACAAAAUAAAUGGAUUUUGAGGUAACUAAAUGGCUGCUGCUUUACUUGAUACAUUAUUCUGUAGUUAGAAAUCGCCUGGAUAUUUGAGAAGGAUGAAAUCUGGAGUCUUUUCACAUGACAUUAUCAAGAAGUAUAUGCUAGAGGAAAAUUACUAAAUUGAAUUUGAAUGAGAUUUUAAAAAUAAGAUUAUCAGUUUUUCAGCAGGACUAUAAGAAUCUAGCAUGUGAAAUAGCAAGAUUGUCUCUUUAAAAAAAUGAAAGGUACAACCAUUAUCUUAUUUAACCUUGGGUAAAUCUCAGUUUCGACGAGGCUUUGUUUCUUAAACUCUAAAAUGAAUGAUUUAGCUCUUUUUUCCCACCGUUAUU